AUGAUAAUCGAAGGAGUUGAAAUCGAUCUUAUCAAAUGGUUUAUCAUCUUUUUCGUUGUUUCAAGUAUUCUAACAUGUCUCUGUAUCAGUGGCCGUGUUAUUGAUAGUCAAACUGAUAUCUCACAAAUGGGAGCAGAUUGUUGUAUUUGUCCACGUGGAUUCAUCAAAAGACCCCCCAAACGGAUAGUACUUCUUGAGCCAACAACUCGUAUUCAACAAUCUGGAUUCACGAUUUAUUGUGUCGAUCGACCGAUGCCUGCCACAAAUUUACCUUAUCACUUUGAUCGUGUGGAAGUAGAACAAUGUCUGAACACUCUUUUCGGCUCAAGAAGUAUUUUUCUACCCGAGACUACUGUAGCUGUCUCGAUUCCAGCCAGAGGAUUCUGUAGUAUGUCAGAAUUUCACAUGUUCUCUAAAUUGGAUAUAACAAAAGAGAGCCCAUCUGGAUAUUCAUACGAAAUGAUAUCGAGUAGUGUCCAAGCGUCAAGUACUGAUUCAAUCAGUUUCUUCGGCUGUUCUUCUCAUAUUCUUGCUGGAGUAACAAUUUAUCUGGGAAUUGGAGGAGAAUUAAUGGAGAGUGCUUAUCGAAUUAAUUGUAAUUUAAUUCUCAUGAAAAUGAUUCAUAACGUUCAUCGGUAUCAUCGAUGGAUUCCAUUUUCAAGAACGGCAGUUUGGCUUAAAAGUUUUGUGAAGGAUUGCUGGAGGCCAGCAGCUCAUAGCACGAACUACUUUCGCCCUAGUCCUCACCUUCGAAAUCCAGAUCCAGACUCAAUUGGGUAUAGAAUUCGUCAAUCAUUCUCUUCCAGAGCAGGGGCAGCAGAAGAAGUUCAACUUCAAAGAAGAGUAGAAAAUAUGUUCGUUGCGAGACCAUUCUCUUCUCCAAUCACUUGUCAACCAACUCCGGUUACUGUACACAUGGGAUUGAGAAGGCCAUCUUCGAUGAGAAGUCCUAGAAUUCCAGCUGAUAUUAACUUGAAUAUCACUCAGAUAACUCGAGAAAGACCUCCUCCAUUACGAGUUUCAACUGACUUUACAAUUGAAAUGCCACGUGACACUCCCAGUCCAGUUGAAGAUGCAAUUGCUCAAUACAAGGAUUUACCUCCGGAUUAUGCAACACUUGAAGCAGAAGCUAUGAACUUUUCUGACAAUUCUCAACCUCCACCUUAUUGGAAAAUAUUUUGA